AUGUUUGAGUGUACUGUAUCACAAGAUUCAAUUCCCACCUUUGAGGUUUUGUUUAGAUUUGUCCAGCAACGAUGCAAGGUGUUGGAAAAUAUCAAAGAGUCGGAAAAAUCGGAUACUCGCUUAUCCAAAACUAAACACAGUCCAACCUCUCGUUCUGCUUUGAUAAUUGCCACUGCGAAGAAUACGUCAACGGUAUAUCGUCAGAGCCUAACCCAGGUGGAAGGCCCCAACAAAGUUGUUCGUAUUGCAAACGGGUUCAUUUCAUAUAUCGAUGUAAAGCACCGAGUUUUAACGCUCACCGCGUUAGUUUUCUAUUAG